CGUUAAAUAGGGUUGGAGCGCAGCAGCAGGGAGUCAGUCUCCUCUGAGGGAAGGAGACAUCAGGCAUCUCCUGCUCGAGCAUCUGUUCUCUGCAGUUUCUCUCAUCUCUUCAAGUCAGAUUUGCCCGUGAGAGGAAGACAUGAAGUUAGCGGGCCCCCUGUGGACCCUAUGGGUUCUCCUGGUGCACAGGGCUGCAGCAGGGACUGAGUCAAUCUCAGACCCAUCACUUAGACGUGGACAGAGCAUGACAGAGGGACAGAGUCCGGCGGUGAGCCAGGGUCAAUACCAAUGUCUUCAGCUGUCCAACAAAGACCGCCAAGACAACAGAACCGUCCUCUCUGGAGGUACAUUCUGUGGACGUAUAUGGGAUGGUUUAUUUUGCUGGGCUGAGACACCAGCUGGGACAUCUGUAACACAAAACUGUCCAGAACAUCCUGACCGGGACCCGACUGAAAAAGUGACCAAAUAUUGUGACACAUUGGGCAAUUGGGUAAAAGAAACUGGUUCCACAUGUCAGCCUGAUUCAAAGGACAAAUUACAGGAAAUCUCCCAUUUUUUGAGGGGCGCUGCAGGAGAGUUGACAACCGUUGAGGCCAUUGAGGAUUACAAAGAAAAAGGCAGCGAUGUUCAGAAAUUGAUCUUUGAGAAUGAAAAGAAAUGCUUCGAGGAAAUGGAGCGAGAUCCUCCCUAUGACAAGCCAGGUCUGUUCUGCAGUCGUAACUGGGAUGGCUGGCUAUGCUGGGACGAUACUGCAGCGGGAACCUACGCCUCCCAGAGCUGCCCAAAUUAUUUUACCGACUUAGAUCCUGCAGAAACGGUGAUUAAGUUCUGCAGAGAGGACGGGCAAUGGUUUCAUCAUCCAGAGACCAAUAGGAUUUGGACCAACUAUACACUGUGUGCUACCACCCAUGACAAAAGACAAAGGGAAGUGAAAAUGCUUGAGAAUGAAUACAAGUGCCUCCUAAAGAUAAAUCGAGAUCCACCUCUGAACAAUUCAGCUGGAGGUCUGUACUGCAGACGUAACUGGGAUGGCUGGCUGUGCUGGGAUGAUACUCCAGCUGGAACCUACGCCUCCCAGAGCUGCCCUGAUUAUUUUUCUGCCUUGGGCCCCACAGCUACGGCAACUAAGUACUGUGGAGAGGACGGCCUGUGGUUUCGCGAUCCAGAGAGCAACAGGACGUGGACUAACUAUACACUGUGUGCUGUCAACUCUAAGGAGAAGCUAAAGGUAGCUGCCCAGCUCUCCGGAGGCACCGAGGAUCAAUCCGCCGAUGAGGCCACGGUCGGCCCCACAGUUAACCCCCAAGAACAGGAAAUCGUGCGGAAGAAGAUCCUUGAUAGCCAGUACAAAUGCUUUGAGAAAAUGAAUCGAGAUGCACCUUAUAACAAAUCAGGGAUGCACUGCAGUCGUAACUGGGAUGGCUGGCUUUGCUGGGGCGACACUCCGGUCGGAACGUAUACGUCUCAAAGCUGCCCCAAUUAUUUUCCGGAUUUUGACCCGACAGAAAAGGCCACAAAGUACUGUGGGGAGGAGGGUCAGUGGUUUCGCCACCCGGACACCAACAGGACCUGGUCCAACUACACUCUCUGCAACGAAAACACCAAGGCAAAACUGAAGUCAGCGUACAUUCUAUUUUACAUGGCGAUUGUGGGUCACGCUUUAUCCAUAGCGUCGCUGCUCAUCUCUUUGGCCAUCUUCUUCUACUUCAGGAGCCUGAGCUGCCAGAGGAUCACCCUCCACAAGAACCUCUUCUGCUCCUAUGUGCUCAAUUCCGCUCUCACCAUCAUCUACCUUGUAGCGGUGGUCAACAAUCCCGAAGUGGUGGGCAGAAACCCGGUUGGCUGUAAGGUGCUACACUUCUUCCACAUGUACAUGCUGGGCUGCAAUUACUUCUGGAUGCUGUGCGAAGGCAUCUACCUGCACACGCUCAUCGUGGUGGCUGUGUUCGCAGAGGAGCAGCAUCUGCACUGGUACUACCUCCUGGGCUGGGGCUUUCCACUAGUCCCCGCAUCCAUCCACGCCAUGGCAAGGAAAAAGUAUUUUGACGACAACUGUUGGAUGAGUGUGGAAACCCAUCUGCUCUACGCGGUCCAUGGUCCUAUAGUGGCAGCGCUUCUCGUAAACCUCUUCUUCUUACUAAACAUCAUAAGAGUGUUGGUGACAAAACUGAGAGACACGCACCGGGCAGAGUCCAACAUGUACAUGAAAGCAGUGAGAGCCACCCUGAUCCUGGUGCCCCUGCUGGGAAUACAGUUUGUCAUUUUCCCCUGGAGGCCAGAGAACCGGCUGGCGGGGGAGGUCUACGAGUACAUCAUGCACAUACUCAUGCAUUACCAGGGUUUACUGGUGGCAACAAUAUUCUGCUUCUUCAAUGGAGAGGUGCAAGCAACUCUAAAGAGACAGUGGAUGCAGUAUAAGACCCAGUGGGGUCAGAGACGAAAGGACCACUGCUCGAUGCGCUCCACGUCCUACACGGCCACCUCCAUCACCGAGGUCCCUGCCUUCAUGUACCACCACGACUGCAACAGCGAACACUUGAACGGCCGCCACACGGAGGACUCCGAGCUGGUGGCGCUGAAAUCAGGGGAUACAUACGCAUGAGCCACACCUGAGGAUAAAGAGUGUAGCAGUGGGAAAAAGUCAAGGAGGAGCAACAGAGCAACAGAGAUGUACAGUAAGGACGGAAAAUUCAUCCGGUUUUCCCACCAUAUCUCAGUGAUUCAAUCUCAGAGGCUAAUUCUGGUUUAUUCAGCCCAGGGUGAAAAUACGGGUCUGGACAUAAAGAACUCAUUGAGACGGAGAUGGACAAGCUAUGAAACUGACACUUUGACUUUUUUUGAGAACUUUGAUGUUGAGAACUUGUGGCACGAGACAAGAGCCCCUUUUUGACAAGCGCCACUUCCUAAAGCUGCUAACUGUGCGAGCGAGCUCACAGUGACGGAGGCUUGUGCUGGUGUGGAGACGGAAAUAACUGUGACUGGGACGACAGCAGGGGGGGGGUUCCCAGUGGGAUCUGUUUGAGAUGAUGGAGCUGAAUGUAGCGGUAGCGAUCACACCAGUUGUGAGUUAUGUGACUAAACGGUGAAUGAAUUAUGAUGUGUUGAUGAUGACGAUGAUGAUGGUGAUGAUGAUGAUGAUGAAGGUGAAGGAGAAUCCUUCACCUUCAUUUAAACCUCACCUAUACCAAAGGGUAAUGUAUGUUGGUCAGCUAUGAGGAGAUGUACUGUCCAGAUGAGCACAGAUGCUGUACCCUAACGGAAAGGACACACACACACACUUACACACCCACCAGUAUUACAAACCUGAUCUUAUAAAAAAAAAAACUCUGUGCUCUGGAAUUGUGUACAUAAUGUAUGUUCACUAUGUUUUUAUUUGGAAAAGUGUUUCAAUGUUUUGAAAAGAUUUUAUUUUUGUUUUCUAUGAACUUUUGAUUCUGGCCGGUUCCUCCGUUCGUGCUUCGUGUUUGUCCUGUGAUGCUGCACCCCCAACUGCUUUGAUGUUUUGCAGUUGCCGUACUUGUGCCGAUGCCGAACAUCACAGGGCUGAACCCGCUAAAUAAGCUAAAUGCACACAUACACACAAAAAUAGAGGGGAAAAAACCGAAACGUUUAUCUUUAUGUUUAACAGCCACAAGAGUUGUUUCACUGUUAUAAGUCUAUGAUGCUAUAGGUUGUGCCAAUGACUCUGACAAGGACGCAGUUUCUCUCAAGCAUGGAGGCUGCUCUGUUUGAACUUAUUAUCGAUCAUCUUUAUGUCACGUUCACGAUGCCUUUAAUCAAUCUUCUGCUUGUGAAAUUCUUUCCUCUGUGCAUAUUUAUUCAUGAAAUUUGUAGCAUUUUGUAUGAAUGAGCAUCCAGGGCAAAAGAACAGAGGAGAAAAGAUAAAAAUGGUGAAUGCUCUUGUUGUCAUAAAAGGCACAUUUCACUUUCCAAAUACAUGAAUGUGUCCUAUACACAUUCACAUAACUUUUAUGUCAUGUCAUUGUUGAUUUGUUGUCAUUUUGGAGGAUGAAAGUUAAGAAUCCUGCAUUUAAAUGUGAAUAUAAACUAAGGACUACAGUGAAUUCUCCUAACUCAACAUCUUAAAUCGUCAGUUUUGUUUAAACUCUAUUAAAAUAUGUAUAAUGCAUUUAUCUACAACAGCUACUUUAAAGCCCAGUCAGAUUCUAAACACAUAUUCAAUAACAGACGUUUAAAAGCAGCCAGAGAAGAAUAUUAAUUAUCCUACAGCACAGAGCCAAUAGCGAACAAAGCCUCCAGCUGGCUCACUACUGUGAUGUUUUUUUGUAAAAGAAGACACACAAAGGGAACAUUUUAAAAAGGAAAGACAGAUGAUAUAUAUUUGUUACCGUCAAUAAAUCCCAUGACAAACACGCUCUAACCUCAUGUUCUGUUCCUGACACAGCAGCAGACCUAUUCAUACUGACAACCGCAAUGAUUCGGUAUGAAAUAAAAAGGGCAGGGCACUUAAGUUGAUAGGAAACAUGAAUCAAACAGGAGUAACUAUUGCAUUUGUUAGAGACCUUUUCCGCGAUAGGAAUAUUUUAUUAGACUUCUUUUAUACAUUAACAUAACAUUGUUAAGGCUCAUUUAGGUUUGAAACGUAUAUGGAGACACGAUGUUCUUGCUCUGAAAAACAUGGGGGGCACUGUAGCCAAUAGUUGGAAAGAUGACCGGAAGAGACGAGGACGAAAUUUCAACAAUUCGCUGAAUUUUCUGGAGAGAGACUUCAGCCUGCUGUGAAUAUACAGGCAGCAGUGUGUUACUUUGUCAGUCUCAGGGACAACCUCCUCCACCGUGUCUGUUAUUAAACAACACAUGGAAGUAUGUGAGCACUGACAGCUACAUCGUCUGAAAAAGACGUGUCUCUGUUCAUACGUAAAGGCAGCAUGUAUGAGCCUUUAUAAGGUUUUUUCAUUUUGAACUUCAGUCUUUUUAUCGUUGCAUUAGGCAACAACAAAAAUAUAGACCAUGACUGCACUUUUCUGUCUCAAAUAUUUGAGUAGCCCUAAUUUGACUCUCUGAAUUUUUUUUUUAUUUUACUCGAGUGUUGUUAAUUACAAUCUGUUGAAUCCCUUGUCACUGUCCAUCUGAAGAUUUUAAAGAUUUGUAUAAGGAGAUAUUUUGGAUUUUAAUAAUGAAGUAGACUUGACAAUUUAUAUCAAUUGGUUCUUUAGAGUGGCCCUAAGAGAAGAGUCCAUUUUUAACAGUGUAGAACAGGACUCUGAUUUAGAUUUACACCGAAAGUAGGAUAAACAAGAUCACACUUAUUGAUUUAUUAAUAAACAUGUUUCACUUUGCAGUUCCCCAGAAGCCUCAUGAAUAAAACAGACAUCUGGAUCUAUUGCAAUACUAUAUUUCAGUUAAUUUGCUUUUGCUAGCCACGCGCAAGGAAGAAAAGGAGAGUGACAAUCAAUAUGAGCGAAUUAUAUCAUCAUCCUAUGAUGGCAGAGUAGAUUUUAGUGCGUUACACAAAUUCUCAUGUGAAAUCUUAAAGUAUACUAUUUAUUUUGCUAUAAAAUUCAUCUUUCUCUUGAUUUGCCUUGGAUGUGUUGCACACUGUAAGACACAUUAUCAAUCCUUUUGGGUUUCGGAGGGGGGGGGGGGGGGGGGCAGAUUCUGUAUAUUUUGUAUGUUCAUAUCCAUGUAAAUACGAGCAGAUACUGUGUAUAUAAUAGAUUUUUUGCACUGUGAAACUCUUUGACAGCUAUUUUUGUUACAUCUCUGUCGUUCAGUUCGGCUUGUGUUUGCCUCUUCCUCCCUCUCAGCUCAGACUGGCAUCAUCUCAUAACUGAUAAAAAAAAAGAAAAAAAGAAACUGCAUUUUGUAAAAGCCAAAGUGAUUAGUGUAUUUUUUUUU